UAACCUCAGAGUCAAUACUUAAAUAUUUUAUUAUAGUUCCCAUAAAUAUGUAAAUGGGUAAAUAAUAAUAAUUAUAAAUUAAUAAACUAUUGAGUGAUUAGUUAAUUAAUUUAGUGCAUUUAUAAAUAUAAAAAAUGGCGGAUAUCGCUGCUAAAAGGGAAGCGCGACGUCGCAGGAUACUUGAAAAUUCCGAGUCUCGUCUACAAAAAAUAUCUGGACGAGAUGAAAGUGAAACUAAAGUUAAUGGAAGAGCUGCAGAAAUUUUUGAGGAUCCAGAAAUGCCGGAAAUUAAUUUUUUUCAAGAUAAUCUGCGUCAUCACAACCAGGAAACAAUAGAACCAUUUGAACGACUGGUACGAGAAUCGGCUCAUACGCCCACAGACUUCACAUACGAGUCGCCAGAUGCUCCAACAACUCCCGAGGAGCUUGCGAACCUUCUUCUCGGCACUGCAAGUCCGGAUAUACAAAAAAAACCAUCAAUUUUAAAUUCUUUUUUAUUCAAUCGCUCAAUUUAUGUAGUCCUCGCGAUACUACUUAAUUUACUAAUUAUUUUACAAAUUGACAAUCCUAUUGGCAAGAGUGUAAUUGUUCCAUUUUUUUUACUUUUACUACCUCGCAUUUACAUAAUUACGACUCAAGAAAAUUCACCAAGAGAGAACAUGAUGUUUGCAGUGCUAAUGCUGUGCAAUAUUCGUCCAUCGUUGAUAUACAAAAUUAAAAAUUCAUAUAAAAUAUGGACAUUAAUAAUUCACGAUCUAAAUGUUUAUAUUUUUACAUUCGUUGUUUUUUAUUACACAGUAACGAGACAUUUUGUCGACUACGAAGAUGAGCUGGCUAAGCUUGAAACUGUUCAAGUGAUAAUCGAUCCCUCGACUUGAUAAUUAUGAGACCUUGAUUGUUGCCUCAGCCAUCCUAAUCGAUUGAUUCGUUCGUAAGAUAUCGUGGGAGAAAGAAAUUCUAAAAAACGGUUUUUUCCGAAAACAAUGGCAUACAAUAGUAUUUUCGAGCUCAAGGAGCGAUCUGUCAACCGAUAGACAGAUUUUUUAAUCAGGGAAGUACAAUAAAUAAUUACAUAAGACAACAAUUUUUCAUUUCGCAGUUAAAUAAAUAUUAUAAUUUUUUGUGUUAAUUUGAUAAAAAUUCUUAUGAAUAAUAAUUUAUUUAUUUUUUAGCACCAAUAACAUAUUUUCAUUUUCAUUAUUGACGUAACUCACCCACUGAUAAUAAAUGUGGAUAUGAUUUGGAGUUUUUUGUUUGAUUGAUACUGUGAGUCGAAAGCAUCAGCAUUUAAAUUCCUCAUCAAGACAUCCAGGACUUGAAUAACAUAUUACAGCGGCAAGUCCAACAUCAAAAGAACUGAGGCUUUGGAGGCUUAAUCUACUGUUUUAAUUCUAAUUCGGGAAGUAUUGGAUGACGGUACAUUUAUUGUCAACGAUUCAGUUGUUGCAGAGACCGGGUUGUCUAGUGUGUUACCGAG